AAGGUUAUGCUCUAGCAUAUGUUUGAAGCUAACAAGCAACUAUGUAUGCAUGUUGUAACUGUCAACUAAUGAUUUCUUAUGCUGGUAGUUCACCGAGAAAGGACACAUAUUUGUGACUGUCCAUCUUGUCGAAGAAGUGGUGGAAUCAAUGGAAGCGGAGACAGAAUUACCUUCAAGUGGCACAUUGAGUGGAUUGCCUGUAGCCAAUAGACGGCGAAGCUGGGAAGGAUUUAGAAUUUUCAGUCAAGAAGGAUCUGCUACUUCAUUAUCAUCCUCCUCAAGUGACCUAAUUAAUCUGAUAGUGUCGGUAGAGGACACGGGUCAAGGAAUCCCAUUUGAAUCUCAAUCACGUGUAUUUACCCCCUUCAUGCAAGUCGGCUCCUCGAUCACAAGAACACAUGGUGGCACAGGUAUUGGGCUGAGCAUAAGCAAGUGUUUGGUCCACCUAAUGAAAGGUGAAAUUGGGUUUGUAAGCUUGCCACAGAUUGGAUCCACCUUCACUUUUACAGCUGUUUUCACCACUGGCUGCUCAGGACUGAAUGACCAGAAGAGUCAGCAAAUUAACAACCAGCCCAACUCCAUUUCUUCAGAAUUUCAGGGAAUGAGGGCUUUACUUGUGGACCCUACACCCAUAAGGGCACAGGUCACCAAAUAUCACAUCCAGCGACUUGGAGUACACGUUGAAGUAAUUCGUGAUUUGAAUGACAUAAAAGUUGGGAACACAAUUAUAAACAUGGUAUUUAUUGAACUGGAAGUUUGGCAUAAGGAUUCAGGCUUGUCGACUCUCAUUGUCAGCGAACUGAAUGGAACAAAUUGUAAAGUUACUCCUAAAGUGUUUCUUCUAUCCAAAGCAAUAAGUUCUACUCGAAUCAAUUUCUCUGCUUCAGGUGUUACCAGUCCAUGUGUCAUCAUGAAACCACUGAGGGCAAGUAUGCUUGCUGCAUCCCUUCAGCGCGCCAUGGGUGGUGGUGGAAACAGAGGAAAUUAUCGGAACGGAGAGGUUCACGCUUUAUCCCUCAGCAAUCUUCUGCGUGGUAGAAAAGUUUUAGUCGUCGAUGAUAAUCGGGUUAAUCUCAGAGUGGCUGCUGGGGCCCUCAAGAAGUACGGUGCUGAUGUGGUUAUUGCUGAAAGAGGGAAAGAGGCAAUCUCACUGCUAACACCACCCCAUCAUUUCGAUGCCUGUUUCAUGGAUAUUCAGAUGCCGGAAAUGGAUGGCUUUGAAGCUACAAAGAGAAUUAGGGACGUGGAACUUAGCAUCAAUAAUCGUCUCCAACGUGGUGACCUCUCUCUUGAAGCUUACGAAAAUGUUUCAAUCUGGCAUGUGCCUAUUUUGGCAAUG